UGCCAUUUCAAUGUUCUUUUUUUUUUUUUAACAAAAUGGGAUUCAUAACAUGUCUCAACAUGUUCUAACAAUUCUGUGCAAUUAUAAGGACCUUAUCUUUCAUAUCAGCGAGAAAGAACAAGGAAAACAUGUUAGGUUGAAUUGAUAUACACCUUGAUAGGGUUAAGGCGUCCACAUGCUUCACAGCCGAAAUAGUUCGGAAGAGUUCGUGCAUAUAUUAUGAGUAAGUUUUUGAAUUGUGUGAUUUUUUUCUUUCUCGCUCUGUUCGGGCAAACCGCAUUUUUCUGGAGGCAAACUGAAGUUCGGAUCCUGGAGAUUGGUCAACAGUAGCUAUUCUUCAAUAGAGCCACACAGUGGAGGUGUCAAAAUACCCAUAAAACCUAGCGGUCAAACAGGGAAAUGGUUCCAAUUGUUUUUCCACCAUUCAUUUUUCUCAUACGAGAUUUUACAAACAGGGCUGUCUGUGUCUUGUGUAUGCUUACCCUGGCGUGACGUUUUGAUAAUCAUUUGAUUCUCUCUCGGACAAGGUAACUUUUAGGCUCUAUUUACUCUAAGAUUAAAAAAAAAUGCUCAUUAGCAUCAAAAGUAGACAUCUUUAUUUAAACUGACUUGCCUAGUUAAAUAAAAGGUUCAAUUUAAAAAAAAUAGGCAAGUCAGUUAACAAAUUCUUAUUUACUAUGACGGCCUAUCCUGGCCAAACCUUAACCAGGACGACGCUGGGCCCCAUUGUGCGCUGCCCUAUGGGACUCCCAAUCACGGCUGGUUGUGAUACAGCCUGGAAUCAAACCAGGGUCUGUAGUGACGCCUCUAGCACAGAGAUGCAGUGCCUUGGACCACUGCGCCACAUCAUGCAAGACUACAAAUCCCUGCAAUUCCUGCACAGCCUCUCUAGUUGACAACUUUGCUAACAGGUACUGUAUCAAAUUAAAACUUGCCCAAGACAGUUCACAGAAUUGUCCAUUAUUUAUUACUACAUUUAGCUAACAUCAGAUAGUUAAUCCAGGGAUUACCUUUCCCUCUAUUUGGAAGUCGCAUCCAGAUCAUCAUGGAAUUUAAGAGAGAAUGCAAGCACAUUUGUUCGGCUAGCCGAGUUCUGCUAGGCACCAGCUGAACUGAAGCCUGCUGACACCUUUGGUGUUCCCACAUGACCAUAUCUCCAUGUUUACAGCGCUUGUUUACGGAGAGCAGACAAGAGGCGACCACCUGUGCUAAUUAGCCAUUUAGCAUGCUCCGAACACCUGUGUGUAAGCUUAACUUGGGAAUUGUAGUUUCGUUGGGUGGAGGCACUCGUACCAUAGUUGUAUUGAUCUGUUAAAAACUCCUAUAGUAAGUGUAUAUAUUUUUAAUUUAAAUAAUUAUUCUUUCUCACUGAUGAAAGAUAAGGGCAUGUUUGGCUCCAUGCAUAAACAGUCACUUAUGUGUAGAAUUACAGGGAAUUAGCUUUAAAACUGCAAAAAUGUGUCUCCACCCAAUGUCUAAAUGGAUUAGAAUUGUAGGAAAUUAGCUGUAAAACAUAUUUUUUUUAACGAAUCUCUACCCCAUGCCAACAUAACUAGAAUUGCAAUAUAUAUUUUUAAAUAAAAUUGCAAAAAUGUUACUUCGCCCAAUGGAAAAAUGUGUAGAAUUGCAGGAACCAAAUCUUGCUUAAACGUUUCAAAGGCCGUAUCACAAGCAAUGAUUAUUGACGUUUCUAGACGCUAAAACACAGUUUAAAGGCAAAGGGGACAGACGAUGUUGAACUACAUGCCCCACAGUUCUUAGCAAACCAUUCGAACUGACGCUUCCACUUCCUCGUACCAGGCGCAAGCGCGCAUCGGUAAAGAAUGCGGACUUUGUCGCACACUGGAAACAGAACGCUGGUACAAAAGCUUCAAAGAGGAAAACAUGUCGAAAACACACACAAAGCCCCCGUCCUCGUCGGGGGCUACGACCUCCGGUGGACCUUCUUCCUCCUCAUCCUCCUCGCCCGCAGGUGGCACGACGUCUCCCGCCAACGUCCUGCACGUACAGCCUGAGAAGCCUCAACACUACACGUAUCUGAAGGAGUUCAGGACAGAACAGUGUCCUCUGUUUGUGCAGCACAAGUGUACCCAGCACCGGCCCUUUGCCUGCUUCCACUGGCACUUUCUGAACCAGCGGCGCCGCAGGCCCAUCCGCAGGCGGGACGGAACCUUCAACUACAGUCCAGACGUCUACUGCACCAAAUACGACGAGGGCACAGGCACCUGCUCUGACGGGGAUGAAUGUCCGUACCUGCAUCGUACGGCGGGCGACACAGAGCGGCGGUACCACCUGAGGUACUAUAAGACGGGCUCCUGUAUCCACGAGACGGACGGGAAGGGCCACUGCAGUAAGAACGGCUCCCACUGCGCCUUCGCACACGGAUCACAUGACCUACGAUGUCCCGUCUACGACGUCAGGGAGGUGCAGGUGAUGGAGUCUCAGGGGGGGUCGGGGGCUGCUGAGGGAGGAGGGGGGGAGGGCCAGUCGGGGCUGGCGGCCAGUACCGCCCUCAUUGAGAAGAUCCUGAGUGAGGAACCGCGUUGGCAGGAUAACACCUAUGUGUUGUCCCACUACAAGACAGAUCUGUGUAAAAAGCCUCCUCGUCUGUGUCGCCAAGGUUACGCCUGUCCGUACUACCACAAUAGCAAAGACAGGCGGCGUAGUCCACACAAACACAAAUACAGAGCGCUGCCGUGCCCAGCGGUGAAGCACAGUGAGGAGUGGGGAGAUCCCAGUAAGUGUGAGGUGGCAGAGGGAUGCCAGUACUGCCACACACGCACAGAGCAGCAGUUUCACCCUGAGAUCUAUAAGUCCACGAAGUGUAACGAUAUGCAGCAGUGUGGCAGCUGCCCCCGGGGCCCCUUCUGUGCCUUUGCACACCUUGACAACAAGCCCCCUAUCAGUGAAGAACCCUCGUUUCAGACCCCCAGCUCCCCACCUCUCCCCCCAGGACCCCAAGACCCUCACCCUGCCCAGGAAGGAUGCUCCAGCCCUGGGGGCCGAGGUGGAAGAUCUGGGUCUCUGUCUGGAGGUCCGUUCUCCCCAUCAGGGGGGGUGUGUGUGGCAGAACAGGGCCUGUUAGGGAGGGUGCUGUCGUUGUGUGAGGACGUGUGUGGGGGAGGCGAACCCCUCUCCCCCUGGGCUGGGGAAGGGGGGUACGGUAGGGCACCGGGGUACGAGAGGGAAGACCAUGCCAAACAGAAGAGUUUUACCAUGGACCAGCGCAACAGAGAAAUGGCGUCUCAUCACAGCAAACAGGACCUGCUGGUGUUCCUCCCAGUGGGUAGUCCUCUGAGUCUGUCCUCCAGUGUUCCCUCCAGCCUGGCAGCCACCCCUCCCAGCCCUGCCCCUCCUGGACCCCUCCACCAGGGCCACCACCACCAUGGAGCCCCAGCACCAGGCCUCUUCCCGGGCAUGAAUGCCAACGCACUGCCCUUCUAUCCCACCAGCGACACCGUUGAGUCUGUAGUGGAAUCAGCUCUGGAUGACCUGGACCUGAAUGACUUUGGCAUGUCUGCCCUGCAGAGAAGUCUGGACAGCAGCUCGGCUCUUCCCAGAGCCAUGCUGGGAGGAAAUCAGCUCCAGAGUUCUGCUCCUGUCAACAUUCCAGGAACCCUCUGCAGCUCUGCCCCUUUCAGCUCCCCCUCGCCCUCUCCACCAAUCAGAGCCCACCAAUCGCCAUUCUUCUCCUCCCAUCUAUCGCAGCCUAGCAAAUCAGAAAGCAGCUUCUUGGGGCCAUCGCAUAGCUCUUUAGGUCUGAAUGGUAUGAGCAGUAGUAUCUGGGAGCACCCAUCAGGCCAGGGUUCUCCCGGUACGCCCCCGGCCCUGCUACCCACCAUGGGCCAGAGCAUGGAGACAGCCCGGGUCCGACAGGAACUAGACGAUGCUAACAGACUACUGAAACACUGGGACCACACCUGGAGACAUACAGCACAGUCGUGGGCGGUGUUGAAGUCUGAUGCAGAGGAGUCUCGUGGCUCGGCCGGUCGGUCAGCUCUUGAAGCAGAGCGGGCCAGGCAGGCUGAGGAGGCGGCAAAGAGACAGACCUCCCUUCUCCAGGAGGCGCUGGAGAGCAUGAGGACAGGAGAGAACCCUCACUUGGGCCUCCACCAGCUCCAGCUGCUCCACAGACUGCCUCUAGAGUCUGUCCUCAGUUUGCAGGCCCAGCUCUGUACAUGUCUACACACUGUGGAACAGGUGGUGUAUAGAAAGCAGUGUCAAUGUUGUGUGACGUGUGGAGAGCAGGGAUCGGUCUCGCUGCCCUGUGGACAUGGUCUACUGUGUGACAGCUGCACCAGCUCUACAGAGUGCCCCCUUUGCCCAGAACAGAACCUAGAUCAGUUAUCCUGACCGAACUCCACUAUCUAUAGCCCAUAUAUAGAUAUGGUAUCCUCACUCAAAGACCAGCCCAAAGACCAGCCUCCGGUCCAUAUAGUCACUGAUUCAAGAUCAGAUUUUUUUUUUUUUUUACAUGCACUACCCGUCCAUAAGAAAUUAUUCAGGAUCAGCUUUAACCACAGACCUGGCUUUAACCAUUACAAGCUAAACCACAAAUCUGACUCAGUUGUUAAAGGCAUGUAUGAUCCAGACAGCCAUCUCAUGGUGCAGCCUAAGUGGGCCACCAUUUGAAGGAGUACAAGGUUUUAGUUUUUACCGUUAGUUAUUAUUGUUUUUGCUAAGGAGACUUAUAGUCUGAGGAAGAAUAGGGCUGCAUCUCAAUAGUAUAAAAAGGCUUCCUCUCCUUGUCUCCUUCACACUGAUCUGAAACUACAGGAAGGACAUAUGGUGGAAGCAUACAAAGAAAUUGCAGAUUAAGGAAGGAAAGCCAUGUUAAACUAUUUGGACGCAGCAGUCUGUGUUGCUUACAGAUAGUUUCUGUGCGUGACUGACUCAGGUUUGCAGUCUAAUAUUAUUAUUCUUUGUUAACCGGAAAGAUGGGAGCAUGUUAACACAAUCAAGAAAAAUGUACUAUUCAAUUGUGUAGUCUGAAAUUAUGCCGACUUUUCAUUUUAAUAACAAGGCGCUUCACGUUAACUCAAAUGCCAGCCUUUUCUUUUUAUAAAAAUCUAUGUAUAAUGUUUUUGGGGCAUAAUUUACAUUUGUAAGCAUUUUGAUAUUUCACAGUAUGUCAAACUCAUGUCAAAUAUACAUAGUUCUUGUAUGUCAUACUUGCUACAUGCACUGACUACACCAGGUGUCAGGCUUUGGAAACAGCAGGGGUGUGUUGAUAACCAGUGAAAAGACAUGAUUACUUCUAUACAUAGACUUGGCACAAAGUUCACACCUUGUCCUACUGCAUCCACCAACAGUGAUUCAUUUUUGUGUGUUUUGGUAUAAAAAAAUAAAACAAAUGUAUAUUUUUGGAUGAA